AUGUGGGAUGCUUCUGAAGCCAUGGCUCCACUGCCCAAAGUGGGGGCAGGAAACGUGCCGUGCAGCGCUCACGCUGACCUUCCCAGUUUUUCUUGGACGCUGGCCAAGUGUUUCACCAUAGUCACUUUGGGGUUUCUGGCAUCUCGAUACGGUUUUGUGAAAGGCAGGGAGGUGAAAGGGCUGGAUCUGUUCACGUCCCACGUCAGUUUGUCAGCGCUCAUCUUUCUCAACUUGAGCCAAAUACCGCUGGGCUCCGUCCAAUGGGACCUCGUCCUGGGAAUCCUGUUGGGCAAGGCCGUCAUCUUUGUCCUGGUGCUGGUUAUCAUGGUGGCCGCAGGACGACCGGGAAAUCUUGCCAACGCCGGACUCUAUGCCAUUUUCGUGACUCAAGUCAACGACUUCGGCUUGGCUUACCCCCUGGUGGACUCCGUGUACAGAAGCAGCCGGCGGCCAGACUACGCCUCGUACAUGUACCUGGUGGCCCCGUUGUCUUUGGGCCUGUUCAACCCGAUUGGAUUCUUCCUGGUCGAAGUGGAGAGGGUGCGUUCCAAAAUGGCGAGCGUCGUUCUGUCGGGCCAGAAAUCCCACCUUGUCAAGCAGCUGGCCAAGGCGGCUCUCGUCGUGUCCCUGAGGGUUUGUGCUCAUCCGCACGUCUGGACCUCGGUGCUGGCCAUCGGCGUCAGCUCCCUGAUGGGCAGAAGCAAGCUCCCGGAGCCGCUCGUCAACGCUCUCACGGUGUUGGCUGACGCCUUCGCUGCGCCCAUCUUGUUUCUCCUGGGAUAUUACAUCGCCAAGUCGUGUCGAGGUUCCACGCUGAAAGGAAACCUGGUCCAAGCGAUUGCCCUCGCAUCCGUCAAGUCGAUAUUGCUGCCGAUUUCCUUGAAGUUGUUCACGGAACUCAUGGUGCGCAGCAAAGGAGUGCGCAGCGACGAGGGCAGUUUUUCUUUCCUCUACGGUACCGUUCCCACGGCGCCCAUCGUCAUACUCUACGCGGCGCAGAGAGGACUACCCACCGAAAGCCUCGCUGCAGGUGUUGGCCUGUGCACGGUGCUGUCUAUCCCGCUGAUGUUCGUAGCAGCUAGUGUUAUCAGCUUGCCAAGUCACAACGGAGUGGAUACGAUCCUGCAGCUCAAGCCAGCAUUGGCGAUCGUCAGUGGUCUGAGCCUCGCAUCCUCGGCUUAUGUCGUCGGGCUCUUUUGCGUGACAGGGAGAAUCUACAAGUUUCUUACGAGUGUGUUCUUUUGUCUUCUAGUCAGUGAGGUGGUCAAGGCGAUCGGUCUCCUCUCGUGGCUCGUGACGAGCGCUUCCAGUUCGUGGCUCUAUCCUACCAUCUUCCUGCUGACCGUCGGCCAGUUUGCGUCGAGGGCGUGGACAGCCUGCCUGGCCGUCAGCAUUUUCUUGCUCAAGCAUUACAAGUCCGAAGAUAUCACGAAAUACACUCCUCUGAUGUUCGUCCUCGGAUACGGGAUUCCCGUACUUUUAACGGCGGUGGUCAUGAUCUCUGGAAGACUGCUGUGCCGAGCACCAGAUGCGGGAAACAUGGAGAUGCCGUUGUUCCUUAACGGAGACUGCGAGACCAUCACUGCGAUUUUGUUGCUGAGCUUUUGCGCAAGUGUGAUUGCCUUCGCGUCGUUGCAACAUGCGUGGGAAGGACUUACGAAGCGUCCUCGCGGAGGCGGGUGUUCUGCCGAUGCCACCGACUUUCUGGACAACGUUGGGAACGCCAAGGCUGGCUCAUCCCUUCAAAGAGUCGACGGCAUCGCAGCGCCCGUGCGGAACCAGACGACCCUUUCGGUUCGAGUUCGCUUUCAGCUGUCCCCGUCGGGCGUGGUCACGUGGCCCGGGGAAGGAAAACACGACGAAGAAUCGUCCACCGAGGACAUCUGUGGUCACACGAAUGCCACCCUUCUCUUGCUCGUCCUCUUUGUAUCCAUGCUAAUCGGCAUCCUGGUGUGUUACUGGAAGCUCUUCAUUGGAGCUCCACGAGGCGUCAUGAAGGCCGUCGAAUACUUAGACGCUCUCACCAGCUUUGGCCAGGGGAUCGCACUAUUCCUUGCCUGCGGACUGGACGAAAAGCUGCUUAGCGAAGCGAAAACCCGGAUCCUGAUGAUGGCCCACUUAAGAGGAACCAAGGCCAAGAAAGGAAACUCGCUCGGCGCAGUCGACGAUCCUGGCGGCCGAACCUGCGAGCAAUUUUUGAAGUAUCACCACGCUACGUUUGAGGCCUUCUUGGAAGAAUCCGAAACGAUUCCGGCGUCAAUGCGGGGGAUUCCUUUUCACGGCCACAAGAUGGUGGACUGGUUGACCGACGCCGGGCUCGUGAGAAGUCGACCGGAAGCCGUCAUGUACGGCCGGCACCUGCUCGGGGGUGGUGUCAUUGCGCACGAAGAGGACGAGCUGCACUUCUACGACGCCCCUUACACUUACUUCUUGCUCCCGAGGAGCGAGAAAUGACGCCGUGCACGCAACA